AUUCUUAUGUUUUCGCACCAAAGCAAACAUGACCAUGGAGCGUGGACCAUAUGAGCAGAGCCCACCAUCCCAACACUGUGGUCUAAUAAUAUAAUAUAAUAAUAAUAAUAAUAUGCAGAGACGAACGUGGUGGGCACAUGUUGGGUGGUGGCUCGUGGAAACCACAUGUUCCUCUUUCUUCUCUGCGCGCUAUCUGUAGCUUCCAAUCUUCUCCCCUCUCUAUUUCUCCGAUCAGGUUUUCCAAUUGAAUUUGAAACCCUAGAAUUCUUUUCUGUUUUUUGAAUUUUAGCUAUGUGCUAGAAAGAUAUAGGAGGAAACUGGGGAGAGUGAGGAGUUUAACUAGAAUGGAUCAAUGGAAGACAACAACCAACGAUUUCUCUCAAUCUUUGGCGGCAGAUGUAGCUCCUUCGACUUCUCCUCACUCCAUGACCCCCUCCAACUCCAUCCCCGAACGCAGACAUAGGCUGGAACCGGAGGUUAAGGAUCCAAUUGCUGCAAGAAAGUUUCAGAAAGCAGACAGGGAGAAAUUGAGGAGAGACCGUCUGAAUGAGCAGUUUCUUGAGCUGGGAAACACAUUAGACCCAGAUAGACCCAAGAAUGACAAGGCAACCAUUUUGACUGACGCAAUUCAAAUGCUGAAGGAUCUAACAGCUGAAGUCAGCAGACUAAAGGCUGAUUACACUGCACUUUCGGAAGAAUCACAUGAGCUAAUGCAGGAGAAGAAUGAGCUGAGAGAAGAAAAGGCAUCUUUAAAAUCUGAUAUUGAAAACUUAAAUUCUCAGUGUCAACAAAGGCUCAGGGUUAUGUUUCCAUGGCCUGCCGUUGAUCCUUCUGUUGUCAUGGGUCCUACUUAUCCAUAUCCAGUCCCCUUACCUGUCCCACCUGGUCCAAUUCCCAUGCAUCCAUCAAUGCAGCCAUUUCCCUUCUUUAGAAAUCAAAAUCCUAAUGUAAUUCCUAGUCCUUGCUCAACCUUUAUUCCAUACCCAACUCCUGCUAAUCCUCCACAUGAACAGCCAUCGGUCCAAUAUGCUUCCACUUCCCUUAUUUCAAGCAAACUGGAUUCCAAAAGCAAGUCAGCAGAUCAUCCAAGGGGCAGCAAUGCAGAAAGGCGUGAUGAUUCUAAUGAUGUUGCAACAGAACUUGAACUGAAAAUGCCUGGAUCAUCACCUCAACAGGAUAAGUCAACUGGAGAAAGGAAAGGCAAGCAAUUGCAUGGAAAGGAAAAAAAUACUACAAAUGGUAGCUCCUCAAGCAGGUAUUCUUUUUCCCAUGGUAUUCAGGAUAGUUCCUCUAAUAGUGUGGGCGAUGUCGCAAAAUCCACUAAUUGAUAUACUGCUUGGUUUUCCUAUUGGCUUUCUCCGAAUUCUAACAUACAAAAGUAGUGCAACUCAUUGUGACUCGUGGGAAAUAAUGCCCAUAGCUUGAGUUUUGGCUGUAACAAAUUUGAUGUCUCUUGUGACCAAUUCUGAGUUUGGAAGCGAGGUGAAUUAUGCUGGUAACUGGUCAGCAAUGAUGGAAAUUGGUGUUAAUCUCUUAGUUGUCCUUAGCUCCUGAAGAACCUGGGUUGGGUUCACCAUUCGGCCCUCCCAUACUUUUACUCAAGUAACUUGUCCAGAAUGUAUUCCAGUUGCUGACCAACUGAGAAAAUGCUUCUAACAUGCCUACAGAUCUCUCCUACGCUUGAUAGCUUGCUGUCUAGUAGGUUUUAAGUGGAUAAAAUUCUAUGUAAAUAAGUACAAAAGUGUCCGACUCUUUAAUUGACCAUUUAAUUUAGUGGUACAUUGCCUUUUUGGGUGUAAA